AAACAUUCAUUCAUUUGCAACAUUCACAAGCUGUCAAUGUCAUUGUCAAGCAUUGAGGUUAUGUGAUUGUCGAAUAGGUUAUGUUGUGAUUGUUAUUUGGAUUCUGUGCUUGAGGUUGUUAAAAUUUAAUUUAUAUUAAAAAGUUAAGAAAAAAGCUAGUUAUUAUAUCACAAUAUGUUGUGCCCAGAAGUAUGGAAUUUUCCUUCACCAAAAGUAAUGAUAACUCACAGAAAAGACCAGGAUAUAGAAGCAGUAAACAAAACUGUGAACAUGAACUAUUUCUACAGAAGCCUAAUAAUAACAUGCCCUGAUGAGAUACAAACACCGACUUCCAUUCAAGAUUUAAUUACAGAAGAUACCGAUUAUUACAAACUAUCCGAUUGUUCACUCACCGAAUUUGUAGAGCCAGUGUUCAUUGAAAGUUUUAUUAAAACCGGUAAAGUAUACUGUUUGUCUACAGACAGAAACUGUAUUAUUCAAAAUUGUGCCGCUAUAACUCCCGACGGACAUCUUAUACUACAUAUUCCUGAUUACGUAUUCCAAACAUUAGGAUUUGAAGGAACAAAGCGCCCACACAACUUUUAUGAAGUCAAAAUUAAUCUAAAAACAAUAAAGAACCACUCGAAAGUUCGGACGUCGCUGCAGAAGUUGGAAAACUUUGAUUUUAACAUUACUUGGGAACCGAAUAAUGAAGAGAUCUGUCCGUCAUCAAUAGCCAAAUAUUUCAGUGAGAGGAGUAUCAAUGUUUCAGUUCAUUCAUUGAAAAUAAGGAAUGUAAUGCCAUCAGUAGACGAAAUACCUGUAGUUACAGAUGUAGAGAUCGAAGAAAUGGUUGAGUGGGUAGGAUUACUAGCAUAUGGAGCAGACAUGACUCCAACAGAACCAUACAUCAGUACUUAUUGCCAACCAGAGAGUGAGAAUGCAAUAAAAACUGGAAGAAUAAGCAUUAUGAUAGCCAGUGGUUUCAUAACUCCUGCAUUGAUAAAUAAUAUAUGUAAGAAAUUAUCAGAACAUGUUCUGGACAGGGAAAUAGACAAUUACUGGGCCUCCAUCAGCAUACAAAGUGUUGAGAACAGUUUGUGGCAAUGGAAUCCAAGCAGUCAGUGUAUGUUUCAAGCCCAUGAUUCUUCAUGUAAUGUAUUUUUUACACAUAAUGGUCAUACUUUGUAUUCAAUAGGACAAAUAAAAUAUUCAUAAAAUUAA